UAUAAAUAAAGGCCUCCCUCUGUUCUCUCCUCCCUAUACACUUAAAAGAGAACAUUUUCAUCAUCCCAAAAAAAAAGCUUCUCCUUUGCCUUCAAAAGCAUAAAACAAAGUUAACCAAGAAGAAAAUGGCCACCCAAGUCUACAUUGUUUACUAUUCCACGUAUGGACAUGUUGAGAAGCUGGCACAGGAGAUUAAGAAAGGAGCUGCAUCCGUUGAGGGAGUAGAAGUCAAACUCUGGCAGGUGCCUGAAACACUACCAGAGGAAGUUCUUGGGAAGAUGGGUGCGCCACCAAAGACUGAUGCCCCUAUCAUUACACCCAAUGAGCUUGCCGAGGCUGAUGGUCUGCUUUUUGGCUUUCCCACUAAAUUUGGGAUGAUGGCUGCUCAGUUUAAAGCAUUCAUGGAUGCAACUGGUGGUCUAUGGGGAGCACAAAAGCUUGCAGGCAAACCUGCUGGAAUUUUCUACAGCACUGCCUCGCAAGGUGGUGGACAAGAGACUACCCCCUUAACUGCAAUCACUCAACUUGUUCACCAUGGAAUGAUUUUUGUACCCAUUGGGUAUACCUUUGGUGCUGGUAUGUUUGAGAUGGAGAAGGUGAAGGGUGGGAGCCCUUAUGGUGCAGGAACUUUUGCUGGGGAUGGCUCGAGACAGCCAUCUGAGCUAGAGCUAGAGCAGGCUUUUCACCAGGGGAAGUACUUCGCUGGCAUUGCAAAGAAGCUCAAGGGAACAGCUUGAUUUUUUCACUUAUAAAAACUACUAGUAAUCAGCUCUAUAAACAUGUUUUUUUCCUUUACUUUUACUUGUUCCAGAUCUUUGAUCUCCACAGAAUAAUAUAUAUGCUUGAUUGGGAUGGAUUUGUUAUCACAAACUCACAGUGUUCCUUCAAGACACUAGCUUAUUGUUAAUGAUGAAAGUUUCAUUCAUGAGUAGUGAAUCGUCAUUGAUUUCAACUUUGUCUUUUGCUUGACAAAGGGACAAGUCGUAUCGUAAAGCAAUGAUAUAAGCUGGAGUGAUCAACUGGAAGUUGUUUUGUAUUUAAACGUUUAGAACCAAAAUCCAUGCAUUGUGCUGCAAGUUGCCUUAAAAGAUUCAGAGUUCACUUAGAUUCAAUGCCAUCAGUGAUCCUACAUUGGCCCAUUGCAAAAGGUCAUAGUGACUUUCAAAAAACAAGAACUCCCACUGGAGUGACAGGUUUGUCAGCUUCAUAACAUGGACCAGAACUUUAUUCCCUCUUUCCUCUUACAAACUCAUUCAAGAAUUUGAUCCUGUUUCAAGAUAAUGGUAUCACCUGGUCCUGCCUUCCAGUGUGUAACUAGUGAGGAGGCCAAAUUGAUCAUGUUUUCAACGUGCCCAAACAAUUGCUUACAACUAUGGGUGAAAACGAGUUUAUUUGUUGAUUGGCUGGAUUUAAAAAAAAAAAAAAAGUCAGAGUCGAUGAUUCAUUAAUUGUGGAAUUGGUUCAUGCCUG